CAGCAUGACCAGGAAAGAAAAAAAAUUUGGAGUUGUUUCACCAAAAGCCAAAGCCGAAACCUCAUCUGACGAAAUCUCUUCAAAUGUCGAUAUAUCUGAAUUGAACAAAUCCAUUCCUCCUUUGGAAGUUAUCCAAGAAGCUAUGGAAGUUGAUACCCCUGGUGAGGUGAAUAGUGAGGGCUACUACAUUGUUGUGGAUACCAAUAUUCUUAUGACCGAUCUGAACUUUUUGGAUGAACUCAAGGACCAAACUUUACAAGGUCGAGGACCUCCAAACAUAGUGAUACCGUGGGUUGUUGUAGCGGAGCUCGAUGGUUUAAAAGGAAACAGGUCUCAAACUCAAGGAUGUACAGGGUGGGAAAAUCAGAGAAAGGCUAUCAAGGCCAUAAAAUAUAUAUAUGCCAUUCUGCGGAAAAAACACCCUAGAGUGCGUGGACAAUCACUGAAAGAGGCUCAACAGACUGUACCAAAUCUUACUCCUACCUGUAAUGAUGACAAAGUGCUCCAAUGUUGCCUUCAGCUUUGGGAACGUGUUCCUAAAGACCAGGUGGUGCUUCUCUCCAACGACAAAAACCUCUUAAACAAAGCAUUAAUCAACAAUGUUGAGGCCCAUACCCGAGAAUCGUUUGAAAAGACUUUCAGAGUGGAGUUCUCCGUUCCGAAAGUUAUCGGAACAAGUAAGUAA